GGCGGAGGGGGGCUUUUGCCAUUUUUUUCCAUCGCUCUCCCCUCUCUCCUCUCCUCUCCUCUCUCUCCAUCCUCAUACACACACACACUCUCUCUCUCUUUUCUCCGAUCUUCUUUCUCAAAAAAGCCAUGAAGGCGAUCCCGCGAUCCAUCUUUGCCUCCGCGCCAUCUUUGUAUUAUUUGUAAUUAGUUUUUAAUUUCCCCCCGCAAUUAUUUUUGUUGUUGUUGUGUGUGGAUGACGAAGGCGCCGGAUGAAGACAUUCUUUUGCCCCACCGGAGUCUCCAAUGUGUAACCCCGGCUCUUCCCGAUGUGAUCCGCACUGAGCGCCGCCGCCAGCCACCAUGUCUCGCCGCAAGCAAGGCAAACCUCAGCACUUAAGUAAACGGGAUUUCUCGCCCAAUCCCCUUUCCACGGCAGCGGUCUUACCGGAGGAAUUGUCAGAGCGCUGCUCGGAGCACUCGGAGGGGAGCAGCAGCUUCAACGGGCACCGCGCGGGCUCAACCUUAGGUCGGCUAUCGCGACUGGGUCACGACCCGCACCAUUCGCCGGAACAGGACCUGCUCACCUGUGGCCAGUGCCAGGCCACGUUCCCCUUGGCGGACAUCCUGCUCUUCAUUGAGCACAAGAGGAAGCGAUGCCAUGGUCCCCCCUGUCUGACUGUGGGCCGAGGACUGGACAAGCCCCCCUCCCCCUCCCCGGGCCUGGCCCUGACCCCGUCUCCCGCCUUGAACUCUCUGCGCAGCCGAAGGCCCGUGGAAGUUGGCAUCCAGGCCACGCUGGCAGACGACGACGACCGCUUCUCGUCACCUCGUAGAAUCUUCCCCAAACAGGAGCUCCUCCCAGGCAAAGAAGAACCGACAACCUACACAUGCACUACUUGUAAGCAGUCGUAUGGCAGUGCCUGGUUCCUGCUGCAGCACGCCCAGAACUCCCAUGGUUUCCGCAUCUACCUGGAAAGUGAACAUGGCAGUCCUCUCACCCCACGAAUGGGUGGGCCUUCCUCCUUGGGUGGGGGCGCAGAUUGCCCCUCUCAUCCUCCCCUUCACGGCCUCCAUCUGCCUCCCGAUUCAAGCCCUUUCAAUCUCCUCCGAAUCCCAGGCUCAGGCUCAGGGGGAAGGGACAGCGUAGGAGCAGGAAGUACACUCGGGGUUGGCGGUGGGCUCCAUCAUCAUCAGCGUUUUCCUCCCACACCACCUAUCUUCAGCCCCCCUCCAAGGAACCACCUGGACCCCCACCACCUGAGCCCGGAGGAGAUGGUGCUGGCAGCCCACCAUCCGAGUGCCUUUGACAGGGUGCUGCGCCUCAAUGCCCCUCUUCCCAUGGAGCCCCCUCCAACAAUGGACUUCUCACGGCGGCUUCGGGAGCUGGCGGGUAACACCUCAGGAUCCACUCCCCCUUUAUCCCCCAGCCGGCCAGGCCCCAUGCAACGCUUACUCCAGCCAUUCCAGACAAGUCUGGGAAGCAUGGGCACGGGAGGCGGCGGUGGCAACAAGACUCCGUAUCUUGCAACUCCACCGCCUCUGCCAGGUUCCAUGCAGUCCCCCGUGGGCUCUCAGACCACUCCUACCACUCCACUUCCCUCUGCAGGGGCAACACCCUCAUCCAACACUCCAAUGAAAUCCAAGUGUUGCGAGUUUUGCGGCAAAGCGUUCAAGUUUCAGAGUAAUCUAAUAGUGCACCGGCGCAGCCACACAGGAGAAAAGCCGUAUAAAUGCCAUUUGUGUGACCAUGCUUGCACACAGGCAAGUAAACUGAAGCGCCAUAUGAAAACUCACAUGCACAAAUCCUCCUCGCCAAACACAGGCAAGUCAGAAGAUGGACUUUCGACUGCCUCCUCUCCAGAGCCUGGCACCAGCGAGCACAUGGGCAGCGCCAGCAAUGCCCUUAAGUCCGUGGUGGCCAAGAUGAAAUGUGAAAACAACAGAAUGCUGCGCGAGAAUGGAGAGGAAGAGGAGGAAGAGGAAGAAGAGGAGGAGGAGGAGGAAGAAGAAGAGGAGGAAGAGGAAGAAGAAGGAGAGGAGGAAGAAGUGCAAAAUGGAGAGAGGGCUGUUCGACGAAACAACAGCUACCACUUUGGCUUGAACCUUGAAGCCGCACGUCAGCAUGAAAACAAUGGUGGUAUCGGAACCCGACUGGGAGGGAUGACCGAUGAGGGGUCUGUUCCACGUUCGCUCCCUGAGGUCAUGCAGGGAAUGGGCCUUGCCGCUAGCAUGCAGCAUUUCAGCGAAGCCCUCAACGCACACAAACGCAACGCAAUCGCCCAGGAGAACCACCUCCACCACCACCUUAACAGAGGACAUCCACAAAAUCGGGAGAUGUGCGAUUCUAACUCCAUGCCGGAAACAAAUCGCGGCGAGGAGGGCUCGCUCUUGACCGUCAACGGACGCGGAGCAUCCCCAAACGAAUCUGCCUCUGCCUGCCUUUCGAAAAAACUGCUUAGCCCGAGUCCACUUAGUCCUUUUUCCAAACGCAUCAAGCUGGAAAAAGAAUUUGACUUGCCUACUCCCACGAUCCCCAACACGGAAAACGUCUACUCGCAGUGGCUCGCUGGCUACGCUGCUUCUCGACAGCUCAAGGAUCCUUUUCUGAACUUCGGGGACUCCAGACAAUCGCCCUUUGCCUCUUCAUCCGAGCAUUCCUCAGAGAACGGCAGUCUACGAUUCUCAACUCCUCCGGGUGAACUUGACGGUGGGAUGUCAGGUCGCAGUGGUACGGGAAGCGGGGGAAGCACACCUCAUCUCGGGGGUCCCGGGCGGCCCAGCUCCAAGGAUGGCCGAAGGAGUGACACUUGUGAGUACUGUGGCAAGAUAUUCAAGAACUGUAGUAAUCUGACCGUGCACCGGCGCAGCCAUACGGGGGAGAGGCCGUACAAGUGUGAGCUGUGCAAUUACGCUUGUGCCCAGAGCUCCAAACUUACUCGUCACAUGAAGACCCACGGUCAAGUGGGCAAGGAUGUGUACAAGUGUGAAAUCUGUCAGAUGCCUUUCAGUGUCUAUAGCACCUUGGAGAAACACAUGAAAAAAUGGCACAGUGACCGUCCUUUGAGUACCGAAAUAAAGUCAGAGUAGAAGGCCGAACAAUGGGACCUUCCCCCCCCGCAGCUAUCUGCCAUUAACUACCCGUUUAUUCCAAGACUCUUGCAGUUUUUGCCCCAGCCCCAAAAACUCCACUUUCACCAGGCUGGUGGAAAGUUAAGACCAUGUGCUCUGCACCAGCACACCCCGUGUUCAUUACCCAUUGAAUGCAUGAUCUGUAUCGGGGCAAUACUCUUGCAUUGAGGCAAAACUUCAAGCCUUUUUCUUGUGCAAUAAAUUACAUGUUGUGUACUAUUUUAUUUUUUGAGUUUACCGUUUUCAUUUCGAAGAAUUUGUCAGCAUGCAUAGUAUGUUUUUGUUAAUCAAAAACAAAACAAAACAAAAAAAAGAAAUGGAAAAAAAAAAGAAAAGAACUUGUCCCUGGUUGGUUACUUGUUUAGUAAAUGUGUUGCUGUUUUUCUCUUGUUAUGUUAUUUUUCUUUUUAUUCUUCAAAAAGAGAAAAGGCAAGAAAGAUACAGUAUACCCAUGCUGCAUAUACCCUGUAACACAUAUCAUGUACAGUUUUGAGUUGUUACAUGGAAAAUGACCCACGUCUGGAACCCCUGGAAAUGCACUUAUCCGGAUCUUUCUAAAAGACGCCAUGUUCACACAGGGUUAAAAAAAAAAAAUACGAAAUAGGUUCGACGAGUAAAUAAAUAGCAAUGACGGUCAAAUUUCAAUAACGCAAGGGUGUGCAAAGACAUCAAAUUGUACUAUCAUUUGGUAAGUAAGAAAGAGUGCCUUUGAUAUUUUAAGACUACAUUGGCCAUAAUCUUAUCCCGAAUAAGUUUUGGGGGGAAACUAGGCUGUUGAAACCACCAAGAAAAGGUUCUUGCAUCAAGCACCUGCCUGCCCCAGUGGACUGUGACACCUCAUAAUCAAAGCUUCACUUUCUAGUUACUGACCAUUCAGCUACCUAGUACAUGUUCAAUGGGCUUCGCUUCAGAAUGUGGAUUUCAUAAGGAGCAUGGUACGACCAGUGUUGUGGAUAUCUGAGUAUUUCUAGUUCCGUUUCUGAAAAUGAGCUACUUUUAAGAAGGAAAAAAUAAAAAUAAAAAUGCUAAUCUGUAACGUACAAUCCUGAACUUGAGGGAUACCGGUGAUAUUCGUCCGAGUUAGCACAAACCUGCAACGCUGCUUUGAUUUGUGGUGUGUGGAAUGACACAUUAAAAAAUGCGUGACCCCCGAAAGAAACUCGAGAAACAUUGAAAUACCUUGAAGUUAGUCAGAGAGAAAGCUACAACAAACUUGAAUAUACACACAGUACAUGUUACGGAGAUUGAAAGCGAUUAUUUCUUCAAAACAGGGUCCGUGACAGUGAUCUUCAGUCAUUUCAAAAACCAAAUCCAUCAGUACGCACUGGCUCUUUAAAAAGAGUGAAAUGUGAUCAUUUUAAUCAGUAUGCAUAGGCAAAUGCAGAGCAAAUGUUUCAUUGCUUUGAAAUCCAAGAGGAGAGAUCUUUUACCAGUCAGGCAUUUGUCAUUCAACCUGGAAGUACCAUCAUCUCUUUUGCAUUGUUCCACACAUUUGGAGUCGUGGUCGAAAUAUUUCAUUGUAACAAAAGACAUGAAGUGCACUGUUUCAAAUUCCAAGUUUAAAAGUUUACGGUGAAGGGAGAAAAGCGUCCGACUGGUAAAAGCAGUAAAACACUCUGUCAAGAAAUCAUAAAAAUAAUAGUUACUCUUCACCUCCUUGCCAGGUUAAUCAUUUGUUAAUGUGUCUGCUGGGUUUAAAAAAAAAAAGAAGCAAAAACAGUCUUUCAACAAGGUUUGGAUAUUUAAUGUACAAUACUCGGAGAUCUUUUCAAAAAGGACUCUGGGCCCACUGGCAACUGUAGUGUUGACUUUGGUGAAGAGCUGCAUUGUUUCAUUCUUGCCAUGGAUGUCUUGGAUAAUCUCUGAUUUUGUCAGCUGGACGAUAAACUCAAUUUGUGAUGUUCACACUUUUGUAUAAAUGUCCCAUUAAUUAUAAGGUAUGGAAAUAAACUUUUAUUUCUUCCCGGAAAUAACACUUCACUGUCUUUUCGGGCAAACUGUUAAGUUUGUUGUCGUUUCUCUUUUCCUCAGCGUCUUGGUAAUGUUCAAGACUUCGAUCACAGUAUAUAUGAAAUGAUGAAAUAGAAAAGGGAAAAAAAAAAGCAAACAAACAAAAAAAAAAAUCUGUGAUGGUUUUGUAUUUUAUUUUGCCUUGGCUCUUCACAGCUCUUCAGGUUGAAAUACAAUUUGCAUUGGGGAAAUGAUUAAGAUUAUAUAUAAAUAUAUAAAGAACUUAAAAUAUAGGAAAAUACACGUACAUGUCAAUUCCUAUGCUUAAACACAUUUAUGGUUGAUUUUUCUGUAUUUCUAGAACUGUAUUUGAAUUCAAUGUUCACUUAGAGUAGGCACUAUAGUAUUUAUAUUGAGGCUCGUAUUUUUAACUGUUGCUUGUUCUCUCUGAAAGGUACCAUACCUUUUUUGGUAGUGGAAAAAAUCCCAAGCUGCCACGGUAUAUUUUUUUAAUUUGGCAGGAUAAUAUAGUGCAAAUUAUUUGUAUGUUUAAAGAGAUAAAAUGAAAAACCUUUCACAAAAAAAAAAAAAAUCAGCUAAAGUGUGUGGCAUUGGGAGGCAUUGUCGGCCAUAUGAUGGCCACUGCUUUUUCCCCAGUCCACAGAGGUCGUUGUACAUAUCUUCUUUGGUUUUUGGUUUCGACCCUCCUUCCAUCCUGCUGCCACUCUUGUAUGAUUUCAUACAAGCUGACAUUGGCCUGUUUUGUUGUGCGCGUUUGUCUCUCUUACCGUACCUGACAACAUUCCAACAAGUAGAGAGAAAAAUAAAUCAUAUGCAGUACAUGCAGUACAAAAAAAGUGUCAAAGUAAAUAUGUUUAAAAAUAAUUCAAUGUUUUGCAGUUUUUUUUUUUCAUUGCCAAAUACAAAAUGGUGCUUUCUAUUCGGAUUGGGUACACAUUCAUAUGCCAAGCAUAUUUAAAAUUGACCUGGGAGACGUGGAGAAGCCUGCUUAAGUUAAGAAUUUUUGUAAAUGGCAAUGCGGAAUAUUUUGUUAUCAGCCUUUUCUAUUCCUGUUCUGAGAGCUGUUUGUUGUAACUUGAACUUGAACUUUUAUCUUUUACAAUGGGAGUUGCUAUUUAUUAUCACCUAUAUGCUCUGUUCAAAACAGAGACAUGGGAUGGAUCCUUGUUUUGACUUAAUUUUAUUUUAUAUUUUUUGUCAGAGUAUAUCAUUUAUUUUGUAUUUGUGGCCAAUGGUCAUUUGACAAAUCAAGCUCUUUAUUAAUUUCUGUUGUAUAUGUAGUACCUGUUCAGUUGUAUUAAGAAAACCACUGUCUGUGUUUUCUGACAGAUGUCUGCAUAAUCCUGUUCACACACCCAUUUUGUCCCUUUAUCAAAAAAAAAACAGUUAAUAAAAAAAAUGAAAGUA